UUUAAGGCUCUCCCCACAAAAAGAUAAGUCUAACAAGCCCAAGUCCAGAAAUAGAGAACUUUAGAAGCCCAGACCUUCCUUGUUGCGCGUGGGUUGAACUCACCAUCUCCACCAUACCCGCCUUAUCCGCCAAGCCGAGCAGCGAUGGCCUCUCUUACUUGGUGCCAGGCAGCCCCCUCCGCCACCGCGACGAACGCACUUUCUCUGCCUCCGCCGCCGUGGAAGACCACUACGAAUCGGGUCAGCUUCCGCCGAAACGACUGGGAGAAUCUUAUCAUAGCUAGAGCCAAGGGGAGAUUGGCGAAUCCUCAACGCGAUUCGCCGAGGAGGCAGGAGAACGGAAUCAGUGUCCGGCCUCAGGCGGCGGCGGAGCAGAAGUUGACUCACGAGGGAUCGGUGACGGAUUCGCUCUCCAACGGCAUGUUCCGAGUCCGAUUGGAUAACGACGACGUGGUUCUCGGCUACAUUUCCGGCAAAAUCCGGAAGAAUUUCAUCCGGUUGUUGCCUGGAGACCGAGUCAGAAUCGAAGUCAGCCGUUACGAUUCGAGCAAAGGACGGAUUGUCUACCGGCUCCGCGGCAAAGACCCUAAGGAAUAGUUCCCGACGCCGGCGAUCGGUUUCCGGCAAUGGUCUUUGUAAUGUGUGAAGAAGGAUGAACACUAUGGAAUUGCUGUAUGGCUAUAAUCAAGUACUUUCUUACCAAUUUGUGGCAACUUUUUUCAAAGUUUACACAGAUCAAUCAUAUUCGAAAUUGCUGAUUAUCUCUGCAUUUAGGUGAUAAAUGUGAGAAAUUCUAAUUCAAAUGCCUUCCCAAAUUCCCAAUUGUUACUCAAAUUUGUUCUUGCAGUUUCCAUU